GACACCAUGAGAGCCCUCCCCGCUCCCGGGAUCCGCUUCCUUCGCUCUUUCCCCAGGGACAGCUGGUAUCGAGGAUUAAUUCUUCUGCUGACGUUCCUGUGCUAUACUAGCUACCAUCUUUCACGGAAACCUAUUAGCAUUGUAAAGAGUGAACUGCAUUACAACUGUUCUUCGCGAGGAGUCAACCCGCACAAUGGUUCAAACAGCACCACAUGGUGUGACUGGAAGCCGUUUGAUCAGGACAACUACAAGGAGCUCUUUGGAGCCCUGGAUAAUGCCUUUCUGGUUGCCUAUGCUAUAGGAAUGUAUAUCAGCGGGAUUUUUGGCGAGCGCCUCCCAUUGCGCUACUAUCUCUCUGGAGGGAUGCUGCUGAGUGGAUUAUUCACUGCCUUAUUCGGACUGGGAUACUACUGGCAAAUCCAUUACCUUUGGUACUUUGUGAUUAUACAGGUCUGCAACGGUCUGGUGCAAACAACCGGCUGGCCCUCCGUAGUGACGUGUGUCGGCAACUGGUUUGGAAAGGGGAAACGAGGUUUCAUCAUGGGCAUCUGGAAUUCACACACGUCCGUAGGAAACAUCCUGGGAUCCUUGAUCGCGGGCGCUUGGGUUUCACAGGCGUGGGGCUUGUCAUUCAUUGUGCCUGGGAUCAUCAUUGCCUUCAUGGGAGUCAUCUGUUUCUUGUUCCUCAUUGAAUAUCCAGAAGACGUUGAGUGCAACCCUCCUCUUCACCAUUCCAGUUCAGAGGAGAAAGGUCUGGAGGCAGAACAUUCCAUCGGCGACGGGAGCCUGAACGUGUCCAACAGCAGCAAAGAAAACAUCAUUGAUGCGGUCGAAAGUGCAAAAGCAUCAACAGAGGGACGGGAAGCCAUCAGUUUCCUUGACGCUCUCAGGAUACCUGGAGUGGUGGAGUUCUCCUUUUGCCUGCUUUUUGCGAAACUGGUCAGCUACACUUUCCUCUACUGGCUGCCGCUUUACAUCGUGAAUGUUGCUCAUUUCAGUGCGAAGAAGGCUGGAGACAUGUCCACUCUCUUUGAUGUUGGUGGCAUCAUCGGUGGUAUCCUUGCUGGCCUUAUCUCUGACUACACUGGUGGUAGGGCCACCACAUGCUGCGUGAUGCUCAUUCUGGCUGCCCCCAUGUUAUUUCUGUACAACUACAUUGGCCAAAACGGACUCGCUACAUCGAUAGUGAUGUUAAUUAUCUGUGGAGGCCUGGUCAAUGGGCCUUACGCUCUCAUUACGACAGCAGUGUCAGCCGACUUGGGUACUCAUGAAUGUCUCCAAGGAAAUGCAAAGGCCCUCUCCACCGUUACAGCCAUAAUCGAUGGGACAGGAUCCGUAGGUGCUGCUCUCGGGCCCCUGCUGGCAGGGCUGAUCUCGGCCUCAGGCUGGGACAAUGUCUUCUACAUGUUGAUAUCCGCGGACGUACUGGCUUGUCUGCUCCUUUCACGCAUGGUAUACAAGGAAAUACGAGGAUGGUGUGGCUGCUACACAAGAAAGAGAGGCUUUAAGGAAUUUUGACACCACUCCUGAAGCCAGAGGAGCCUGAAGAGACAACAGGGGCGAGCUUUGCAUGGGAGGGACAGUUUCGUGGCCCCUCAUAAGUCCACGGUGGGAGAAAUGAACAAAGCUGAAACGAAGAGGAUGCCA